AUGGCGGUUUGGAUUCCAUUGGUGUCGGUGUCGGCAUUCUGGGCUGUCAUUGGAUUUGGAGCGCCAUGGAUCGUUCCAAAAGGGCCAAACAGAGGAAUCAUCCAACUGAUGAUUAUUAUGACCGCUGUUUGCUGCUGGAUGUUCUGGAUCAUGGUGUACCUUCAUCAGCUUAACCCACUCAUCGGUCCACAGAUCAACGUGAAAACGAUUCGCUGGAUUUCUGAAAAAUGGGGAAAUGCGAAAAACGUGAUCGACUAUUGA